AUGAGCGACAAUCUGAUGGAUAAAGUCAACGCCCUUGGUGAGCGGCUCAAGAUAAGCGGUGCAGAAGUUAGCCGGAAGAUGUCAGUUGGCGUCAGCAACAUGAGUUUCAAGAUGAAGGAGUUCUUCCAGGGCCAGAACAUGGCGGACAAGAUUGUUGACGAAGCCACGUUGGAGACCAUGGACGCCCCCGAUUGGGCUACCAACCUUGAGAUAUGCGACAUGGUGAACACCGACAGGGUCAACAGCGUUGAAGUCAUCCGGGCUGUCAAGAGAAGAAUUAUGUUGAAGAAUCCACGGGUGCAGUAUCUAUCUCUCGUCCUACUUGAGACCAUUGUUAAGAACUGCGACAAGGCUUUCUCUGAGAUUGCUGCUGAGCGGGUGCUUGAUGAGAUGGUCAAGCUGAUUGAUGAUCCGCAGACUAUAGUUAACAACAGAAACAAGGCUCUUAUGCUUAUUGAAGCAUGGGGAGAAUCCGGAGAUGACCUCCGCUACCUUCCAGUGUAUGAAGAAACGUACAAGAGCUUAAGAUCUAGGGGAAUUCGCUUUCCUGGGCGUGAUGAUGAGAGCCUAGCACCAAUAUUUACUCCUCCUCGUUCAGUACCUGCAGCUGAACCAUAUUCUGAGGUAGCACAAGAAGGAUAUCAGGAGAUUCCAGAUGAGAGUUUUGCUCCAGCUCGCACUGCCCCUGCUGUGCAAGUAAAUGAGGCUUUUGAGGUGGCUCGUAAUAGUGUCGAGCUUCUUUCCACAGUAUUAUCUUCCUCUCCGCAGAAAGAAGUUUUACAGGAUGAAUUGGCAACCACUCUCGUUCAACAAUGCCAACAAUGUCAGUACACAAUCCAGAGGAUCAUCGAGACGGCUGGUGAUAAUGAGGCUCAGCUUUUUGAGGCAUUGAGCAUUCACGAGGAACUGCAGAAGGUCCUGUCCAAGUAUGAAAAGCUCAAGGAGCCUGUUUGUGUUGAGCUAGAGCCCGAGCCAGCGAUGAUUCCAGUUACCGUGGAGCCUGAGGAAUCCCCCCGCACUGUGAGCAAAGAAGACGCCCAUGUAAGGAAACCAGGAGGUUCUGGAGAUCAGUCCGGUCGGGAUGACCUGCUCCAGGAUCUAGAUGACAUGAUAUUUGGUAAGAAAGGUGCUACCUCGUCUCAUCAGGACACAACUCCCAGAAAGGAUAACAAGGAUGAUUUCAUCAGCUUCUAA